UGCUGUAUUUCUGGCCUCCUUCUACUGUUUGAAGAAGAUCAUCAAGGGUCGGUAUCAUGUACUGCUCUAGCUUCAAGACUUUAUUUGCAGUAAGCUUGUAGUUGCCACAAAUUCUGACCCCAACGUCGGGCUUGUUUACAGCAAAUACUGGGCAGGCAUAAUCGGCGAAUUUCAUGGGCUGAAUCAUGCCUUUCUCGAGGAGAUCAUCUAAAGAUGAAGCAGAAAAUAAAGCAGGAUACAUCUGUUGCUGUUAUCUUUCUCAUUUACUUGCUGUCAUGUAUAGCACUGACAGCUGGCAUGCAGUGUUCUGGUAUUGCACCAUCUUAUCGCUUUGAUUGCCAUCCUGAAGCAGACGUGACUCAACUGAAAUGUCAACAACGGGGCUGUUGCUGGCUAUCAUCCAAAAACCUGGAUGAAGGUGUACCCUACUGUUUCUAUCCUCAUGAUUUCCCAACAUAUGAAAUGGGUUCACCAGAACAGACAGCAUUCGGUUACAGCGUGGUGUUGAAACGUACAACUAAAAGUUACUAUCCAAAUGAUGUGAUGCAGCUUCAAAUGGAUAUCUACUUUGAAACCAGCUACAGACUACACUUCAAGAUAUAUGAUCCCAGAUCUGAACGUUAUGAGGUUCCCAUCCCUACACCUAAAGUCAGCAAGCGAGCACCAUCAACUGACUACAAAGUGCAGUUCUCCAAGUCCCCAAUGGGUUUAGUCAUCACCCGUGCUGUUGACAAUACUGUAAUAUUCAACAGUACCCUCAGUCCCUUAAUAUUUGCUGAUCAGUUCCUUCAAAUGUCAACCAGCCUUGUCACACCGUACAUUUAUGGUCUUGGAGAACACAGAGGUCGUUUCAAAGUUGCUUCAGAUUGGAAGACAUAUCCAAUGUGGUCAAGAGAUCAUCCCCCACAGGUUGGAGAUAAUUUGUACGGAGUACAUCCAUUCUACCUGAACCUUGAGGGUGCCUCAAGCAAAGCCCACGGUGUGUUACUCCUAAACAGUAACGCCAUGGAGGUAGUACUGCAGCCAGCCCCUGCUCUGACUUACCGAACUAUUGGUGGUAUUCUUGACUUCUACAUCUUCAUGGGUCCUGGAUCUGAUGAAGUGGUUCAACAAUACACAGAGGUCAUAGGUCGACCCUUAAUGCCACCCUAUUGGGGUCUUGGUUUUCAUCUCUGUCGCUGGGGCUAUGGAUCAUCAAAUAGAACCCUGGAGAUUGUGAAGCGGAUGAAAGCUGCUUUAAUUCCACAGGACACUCAGUGGAAUGACAUCGAAUAUGCAGAUGGACGGAAAGACUUUACUGUCAACAAUUCAACGUUUGCUGGAUUACCUGACAUGAUCAAGUAUCUUCAUGCAUCUGGAAUGCACUUCAUUCCAAUUCUGGAUCCAGGAAUAAGUAGCACCCAACCUCCUGGUACUUAUCCACCAUAUGAUACCGGUAUAGCACAGGACGUAUUUGUGAAAGACAGCACUGGAAAACCACUAGUAGGAGAGGUGUGGCCAGGACCCACUGUAUUUCCAGACUUUUUCAACAACAAGACAAAGAGCUGGUGGCUGGAUCAAAUCAAAAGUUUCCAUGGCAAAGUUCCCUUUGAUGGACUAUGGAUUGACAUGAAUGAACCUUCUAACUUUGUGGAUGGCUCUAUAAAUGGCUGCACCAAAAGUUCCUAUGACAACCCGCCAUACACACCCUCUAUUCUUGGUGGCAGUCUUGAUGCAAUGACUGUCUGUGCUUCAGCUAUCCAGUCCAUUGGUAAACAUUAUGAUCUUCACAGUCUGUAUGGAUAUUCUGAAGCUAUUGGGACAAAUGAGGCCCUGGUUAAAGUACGUAAUAAAAGAGCUUUUGUGAUCUCAAGAUCAACAUUUCCUGGAAGUGGCAAGCAUACAGGUCAUUGGCUGGGAGAUAACUACAGCCUUUGGCCAGACAUGGCUUAUUCUAUUGCAGGCAUUUUAUCCUUCAAUUUGUUUGGAAUACCACUGGUGGGAGCUGAUAUCUGUGGCUUCAAUCUUAAUACUACAGAAGAACUUUGCCAGCGAUGGAUGCAGCUUGGGGCUUUCUAUCCUUUUUCACGAAAUCACAACACAAUUGGAGCUAAGGAUCAGGAUCCUACUGCAUUUAGUGUGGACAUGCAGAUUUCCAGUAGGAAUGCUCUGCAGAUACGCUAUAGUCUCCUGCCAUAUAUCUACACCCUAUUCCACUUUGCACAUAGCAAAGGCUCCACUGUGGCUAGACCCUUAUUCUUUGAAUUCCCAGGUGAUCCAAAGUUGUAUGAUGUGGACAGGCAAUUCAUGUUGGGCUCAUCCUUAGUUGUCACUCCCGUUCUUGAAGAAGGAUCAACUAAUGUCACUGGAAUAUUUCCUAAAGGAAUAUGGUUUGGUGUUAACCAUGGUACUCACUUCCAGGUGAACAGCACUCAGGCAGUAACUUUACCAGCACCCCUCAAUGAGAUCAAUGCUCAUGUGCGUGAAGGAUGCAUCGUUCCCUUGCAAUUGCCCUAUAAAGAAGGUUACACAACCACCACAGAAUAUCGCCAGCUUGGUUUCACCCUACUAAUUACUCGAAGUAUUAAUGGGCCUGGUAGUGGCCAUCUCUUCUGGGAUGAUGGAGACUCUCUGGACACGUAUGAAAAUGGCAACUAUCUAUUACUGGAGUUUUCAUCAUCUGAAACUUCAAUGAAUUCAACAGUUUCAUAUGAUGGGUAUUCAGGAUCACAUGCUGUCACCGUACAGUCAUUCAUUAUAGCUACCGUUCCCCAUCCGGUCAGUCAAGUUACAAUCAAUGGCACAUCUGUUGCAUUUGAUUAUGAACCACAGCUAAUGAAUGUCUAUGUCAAUAACUUGAAAGUGCCCAUGCAGUUCAACUUCUAUGUCAAGUGGGAAUGGCAAACACAGGACUAAAUCAAAGGAACUAUGGAACUUGCUCAGUACUGGAUUUAUAGUAACUUCCCAAAAUACAUGUACCCUUUGUAAUAACGGUAAUGUAAAAAAAAAAAGAUGUAGCCACUUAUUGCUACAUGAUGAAAUAUUUUACAGCACUGUCUGUACACACUUUUGUUGUAUACAUGUAUGUGUGUUUAAAAGAUGUAAAAAUCCUUUCUUUUUUUUACACAAUGGUGUCUAAUUGUAUUUUGUGUUACUAUGGUUCAAAACCAGUCUUUUUGUUUAAAUAUGUUGACUUUAUUCAUUUUUGUUCAGGUCAGUUUUGUAAUUUCUUAUAUGAUAUUAUAUUAAUUGUAGUUGACUAGCACGAUUGUUAGACAUGCACCCCUCCUUACUAGAGAGAAAAGAUUGAGAUAGAUACAUUGCCUACAUGAUUUUGUGAAAUAUGCAGUGAUAUUGCCUUGGACCUUUCUGGCACUGGCAUACAUGUAGUAUUGCAAACGUAUGAACUAAAUAUGGUAGAAUUAUGCCUUUGAUGAUAGAAGCAUGACAUUUGGCAUGUUGGUAGAAAAUACCUUUACGUGUCUCUUUUCAUACAUCAUCUCAAACCAACUUCUUCAAUCAAUUUUCCUCUCACCAGGGGCGGCGGAACCGGGGGGGCAUGUAUUCUUUGCCCGAACCUAUCAAGUAUCCACUAAAGACUGGAAUUCAUUGUCACGUGACUAACUACAAUGCAUGCUGGCAAUCAAAUAUGACUGCCAUUGGCACAAAACAGCUAGUUAUAAUUUUCACAUUUUUUGCACAAUUUAUUAUUUUUUCCUCUUUAUUUCUUGCAUGAAAAAUGGAAAGCAUUUUUAACAUAACCAUAAGCACUUCAAUAGUGCCAAUAUUGGUUGAGAUCAUUCAAAUUUUGGAACAAAAAUGUUGUUUAGUUGGAUAGUUGGAACAAAAAUGUUGUUUAGAUGGAUAGUUGGAUAGUGGUUACGGUGUUCGACUCACGCACAAAGUGCAUGGGUUCAAAUCCUGCCAGGAACAUGGUGUUUGUGCCCUUGGGUAAGACACACCAAGGACAAUUGCCUCUCUCCACCCAGGAGAAUAAAUGGGUAGCUGUGAGGGUCAAAGAUGGAUUGAGCGCUGAUAUCGACUGCCGUGUGGUCUCAUGGCCUGAUGAACGGGGUAAUAAUUGUAAAGCGCUUUGAGAAAACGAUGGAAAGCGCUAUAUAAGCACUAGGAUUAUUAUUAUUAUUAUUAGACAUUCACCGAGCAUUUUAAUGAACAAUGUAGAAAUGAUGCCAGCAAUCCUCUGAUUGAUCUUGUUGGAAGUAUCCUCUACCACCCAGUCAUUUAAAGCAUGGUAUAAAAGAAGUAGCUGUAUUUUUCAGAACUUCUUUGAAAUGAUGUAUUGCAUAGUUCUAUGAUUACUUUCGUGCAGUCUUAGAAAAGAGGUUAUGGGUUUUUUUCUUCUUCAUUUAUUUAGUUGUAUCAUAAUUAGUAAAUAGCUAAUAAUUGGUAAUAGUUCUCGGCAUUGCUUUUUUAUUGUAUUGAGGGAAUACUUUAAAAUACCAGUUAUGGUGUCCCCCCAAAAAACCAUUAAUAAAUCAACUCUCUGCAGACAAUUUACGUUAGUAUUAGAAUGUAGAAUGUAAUAUAACAUGAUGUGGUUUAAUUGUGCUUCUGUAGAAAUGCUGAAAUUAGUGAGAUACAUGUAGCUUGAGGCUCAGGUCAUGACCUAACUUGUCAAAUAUAUGUGACCUGUUCUGUCAAAAUCAGACUUUUGCUGGGCAUAAGGUCAAAAAUGAGA